UAUUCGAGUUAAAAUGGCGGCGGUGCAGGCACAGAGUGGCAUCCUUCUCAGUGCGUUGUGUCCAAAGUUUCUGCAUACAAACUCUACAAGUCACACGUGGCCUUUCAGUGCUGUGGCUGAACUUAUAGAUAAUGCUUAUGAUCCAGAUGUGAAUGCUAAACAGAUGUGGAUUGACAAAACAAUUAUAAAUGAUAUCACAUGUUUGACAUUCAUGGACAAUGGAAAUGGUAUGAAUGCAGACAAGCUACAUAAGAUGUUGAGCUUUGGCUUUAGUGACAAAGUUACGAUGAAUGGUCAUGUCCCAGUUGGAUUGUAUGGAAAUGGUUUUAAAUCAGGAUCAAUGCGUCUGGGGAAAGAUGCAAUUGUGUUCACCAAAAAUGAAGAUACCUUGAGUGUGGGCCUCUUGUCACAGACUUUCUUGGAAGUCACAAAAGCAGAGCAUGUGAUUGUUCCCAUAAUAUCAUUCAACAAGAAAAGGCAAGUAAUGAAUCCAGAGGAGUCAGCCCCCAGCUUGAAGGCUAUCCUGGAACAUUCCUUGUUUUCUACUGAGAAGGAGCUACUUGCAGAGCUGGAUGCCAUCAUAGGGAAAAAAGGGACAAGAAUAAUCAUUUGGAACCUUCGAAGAGAAAAAAAUGAUCAAAUGGAAUUUGAUUUUGAUACAGAUAAAUAUGAUAUUAGAAUUCCUGCAGAUUUAGAUGAAGUAACAGGAAAAAGAGGGUAUAAAAAGCAAGAGAGACAAGACCAGAUUGUUCCGGAAAGUGACUAUUCAUUACGGGCUUAUUGCAGUAUUUUGUAUUUGAAGCCAAGAAUGCAGAUCAUUAUAAGAGGACAAAAAGUGCAAACGCAGCUGGUGUCCAAGAGCCUUGCCUAUAUAGAGCGAGAUGUUUAUAGGCCAAAAUUUUUGGCUCCCAAAACAGUGAGAAUUACCUUUGGAUUCAAUUGCAGAAAUAAAGAUCAUUAUGGAAUGAUGAUGUACCAUAGAAACAGACUAAUUAAAGCUUAUGAAAGAGUUGGUUAUCAGCAAAAGGCAAAUAAUAUGGGUGUAGGUGUAGUUGGGAUUAUAGAAUGCAACUUCCUAAAGCCAACCCAUAAUAAACAGGAUUUUGAUUAUACGCAUGAAUACAGGCUUACAAUUCAUGCACUUGGUGAGAAGCUUAAUGAUUACUGGAAUGAGAUGCAAGCAAAGAAAAAAGAUUACCCUCUGGAAGUGCUAGUUGAAGAUAUCCAGAAACGGCCUGAUCAGACCUGGGUUCAAUGUGAUUCAUGUCUAAAAUGGAGAAAGCUCCCAGAUGGAAUAGAUUGCUUGCCAGAGAAGUGGUUUUGUUCGUAUAACCCCGAUCCUCAGUUCAGAAAUUGCAAUGUGCCUGAAGAACCUGAAGAUGAUGAUUUAAUACCAUACGAAAAAACAUUUAAGAAAAAAGAUAGAGAGAAGUUAAAGAAAAGACUGGAGAUGAGCCAGCAGAUAUAUAAUGAAAUGUAUAUACAAACGGCUUCUGCUUUGUCCAGUACGCCACCAGCAACAAGUGAAAAUGUUCCAAGAUUGCAUGCAGAGGCUCCAAAUGCUUCUCUUACAAGAUCUCUUAGCACAUCAAAUAAUAUGUCAGUAUCUUCACCUCGUUCUGAACCUGAAAACAGUUUUAAGCGAAAGCUUUCUGACCCUGUGGCACAGCUACCUUAUAAGAUCACUCGGCUGAACAGCCACACAUUUGAGCAUAAAAAUGAUGAUCCUGAUGAUGAUGUCAUCAUCUUGGAAGAGAACAGUACACCUAAGCCUUCAGGAACAGAUUGUGAUAUCACAAUAGUAAAGGUUGAGGGUGGUGUUGUGGAUCAUAUUAUGGAUCAUACUGAUCUUCGGGAAGAAAGCUCCAAGAACAAAGAUGCUACUUCAGAAGCUAACUGUUCAAAAGGAAAUGCAGCAACACAAACUGAAAAGGAGCAACUUGUGGUUAAGAAGGAAGAAAUGGACAAUACAAAUGAUGAGCAAUCGAGAUCAGAAUCAGAAAUAACUCUGUUAGAAUCUGCUAGUGUUCUGGAGACUGCUUCUGUGGAUAUUGACUUCAAGAUAAAUGAACUAAAAAUUCAGCUGCAGUUAGCAAAUGGAGAAAAAGAAAAAUACCAGCAGCAGUGUGAUACAUUGUUCAAGCAGUUAAAAAUGCGGGAGCAGAAAAUAAUGGAAUUGAAUGAUAAAAGUGUGAAAAAGGAAAUGUGCCAUCAAUCAACAGAAACAGAUACUAUGCUACCAGAUGAAGAGCUAGUAAAAAUUAAAGAAAGAAGUCCAGAAGAGGUACUGGUUCUCUAUGAACAAGCAUUACAAGAGAUGAGGAAGCUGAAAGAACAAUGUGAUACUCUCCAGAAUUUAAAAUCUGAAUGUAAAUGUAACAAUGAGAAUAAAAGUGAAGUAGAUGAAAUGGCUGUGCAGCUUGAUGAUGUUUUCCGACAACUGGAUAAAUGCAGUAUUGAAAGAGACCAGUAUAAAAAUGAGAUUGAAUUACUAGAAAUGGAAAAAACUCAGCUAGGCUUUCAGUGUGAAGAGCUUAAAACAGAAAUUGCGCAACUAAAAGCUUCAGUACCACAUGCAAAUGAUUCCGUGGCUAAUAAUCUUGAAGAUCCUGUAAAUUACUCUGAUGGUGAAAGCCUGAAACUGCGAUCCCUUCGAGUUAAUGUUGGACAACUACUGGCGACCAUAAUGCCUGAACUUGAUUUACAGCAAAUGAAUUACAACGUUGAUGUGGUUGAUGAAAUCCUAGGACAAGUUGUAGAGCAAAUGCAUGAAAUCAGCAGUACUUAAUUUAUCCUUCAUUCAUAACCUACUUCACUCAGUCUUCAGUUUUACUGUAUAAAAUUCCCAACCUAUAAAAACUGAAUAAUUUUGUUUGAAGCAUAAUGUGAAUGUUUCAUUUAUCAUGACAGAUGAGUAUACUACUCUGAGUAUUACUACUCUGAAAAUUAAACCGUUUUGAAAAGAUGCUUUUAAUUUUUAUAAUGCAUUCAAAAGUUGUUUACCUUUUUCAGUUUUGUUUGAAAAGGAGCCUGGCAAUAUUGGCAAGACAUUUUUCUCCAACUUGACUAGUAUUUUUACAGUGGCUUGCAGGUAUUUCUGAUUCUUGAUACUGAUAAUGUAUUGUGUACUGAUAGAGUAUUACGAAAUAAUUGUUUCAUUAGACUAUUUAAUAAAAAGAUCAAAAAUGUGUUUAAUUUUUAUAAUGAAUAAAACGUGACCACAGAUGCUGUCAUAUGCCUCUUAUUUUUCCUUUUAAAAGGAUCACUGAUAUUGGCAAUUACUGUUUUUCUCAAAUUAGUGGCCCAAGAUAUCUUUAAGAUUAGAUAAUGUGUUAUACUGACCAGAGUGUUGCGAAACAGUGGUUUCAUUAUCUGUUUAUGUUUAAUUAAAAGAUGUUUAUCAAUAUGUGUUCAUAUGGUUUGAAGGAGUUUUCCAUACUUUUUCUAAUUUUGUAUUUAAAAUGGUUUUCAUUACUCACCUUAUAGUUCAAUACAUGAAUGUACUGUAAUAUCUGGGUAAAAUAAAUAUUGGCUGUAAGGAGAAUAUAACUUAAAUUUAUACUGUACAUUUACACUUUGGAAAAAACAUGAAUACAUGGGGGAAAGUUUUUAUUUACAUGAAUGAGAAAUGUAUAUUUUGUACUAAAUGCGGGAAAACACAUUCUGAUUUGAGUGACAAGGAAAAACUGUAGCUAGAGAAAUACAAAACGUAAUAAUAAAAAACAUCUGCUUAA